UCGCGCAGCCCGUGAACAGACACCUGUAAAUGCAUGAGCUUAAAGAAAAGGAAUCAUGUGAUACAAACAAAAGGGGUGCGUUUAUCCAUCCUGAAGGCCUAACGUUAACUGUCGCAAAACCGGUGCUCGCUUUCCGUUUCCGCGGGCUGCCUCGAGACAACUUUCUUCGCGUCUUAUCCCGACAUAACCUCCGCGCGCGCGCACACUCGACCGGGGAGGCGAUAAAACAGGGACAAUGCGCGUGAGAGAUGAAGGGGCACGCGGCGCUGUUUACACACACACACACACACACACACACACACACACACACACACACACACACAUAUAUAUACAGAUACCACUCACGCGCUUCCGCUCACUACUAGUAACACCUGGUUACCAGGGCAGCACUACUAACUAGUUGCCUGCGCAAUUAUGGGAUGGAUUGCCAUGGCAACCGACCAGACGUCACGAGCUGGAGCUGGGCAUGUGUGUUCCAUUUUCGUCUCUUAUUUUCAGACACGAGGAUAAUUGGAUAGAGGAGGAAAGAAGAGGGAAAGAAAAGAUCGGAGCGCAUCCAAAACCUUCGGAUCUUCUUUUUGUGCAUUUUUUUUUAUUUUUCAUUUUUUAUGUUUUUUAAGUAAAAAUCCUCACCUUCAUAUGUCCCUGUUUUUUUUUUUUUUUUUUUUUAAUUCUCCAUCUAGUCCUUUAAAAAAAGGCGUUGCUUAAUCGGGAGUUUGUGCGACUUUUUUUUUGUUUAAAAAAAAAAAAAAAAAAAAAAAAAAUCCCGGACGCACGGAUGUAAUUUUUGUGCGUGAGGACGCGCGCGCGCGUGUGUGUGUGUGUGUGCGUGUGCGUGCGUGUGUGUGUGUGUGUGUGCGUGUGUUAUGCGGUGAAGAUGCCCGGAUCACUGAGCAACGAGGAAGAGGGCCAAGACGAUUUGGAUUUUGAAGACGACGUGCCAGAUGAGGAUGAGGAGACGGAACACGUCCGCGUGCCGCUCUCGCCUCUGGAGCGAUUCUUCUCGGAAGACGAGUCGCUCAAGCAGAAGAAGAAGAAACCCAGCAAGCAGAAGGAGGGCAGGAUGCCCAAAGUGAAAAAGAAGACGAAGGAGGGUGGCUCGAGCGAGCACGAGGAUGUGACAGACAGGGAGGACCAGUGCUCCGGGAGCGAGAGCAGCACCUACGGCAUGCUGAAGAAGAAAAAGAAGAAGCCCAGAGAAAAGAAGGAGAAGAAGGGAAAAUGGAAGAAGAGGGACGACGACGAAGACGACGACGAUGACGAUGGAAAUAUGAAGGAACCCAAAUCUUCGAGUCAGCUGAUGGAGGAGUGGGGUCUCGAGGACGUCCAGUACGCCUUCUCUGAGGACGAUUACAAAACCAUCACCAACUACAAGGCCUUCAGCCAGUUCCUCAGGCCUCUCAUUGCCAAGAAAAACCCCAAAAUCCCAAUGUCCAAGAUGAUGACGGUGUUAGGCGCUAAAUGGCGUGAGUUCAGCGCCAACAACCCGUUUAAAGGCAGUUCGGCGACGGCCGUAGCAGCUGCAGUGGCGGCCGCGGUAGAAACUGUCAACAUCACGCCUUCGAUCUCCAUCAGCAGCGUCCAGCAGCUCUCUCCAACAGGGCAGGUCAAAAAAGCCAAAACCAAAGAGGGCAAAGGGCCGAGUGCAAGGAAGAAGAGCAAGCAGCCAAAGGACACGAAAAAGAAAGCAAAAGCCAAGAAGCCCAAAUUGAAAGCAGGACAGAGCAGCAAGAGGAAAAAAGCGUCUUCGAGCGAGGACGAUUUCUUAGAUGACUUCUCUGACUUUGAUGACAUCAGCAUCCACAGUGCCUCCGUUCGCUCCGACGCCUCGGGGGUGCCCAAGAAGAAAACAAAGCGAGGACGCAAAAAGAGAAAAAGAGAGGACGGAGACGGCUACGAGACGGACCAUCAGGACUACUGUGAGGUGUGUCAACAGGGCGGUGAGAUCAUUCUGUGUGACACCUGCCCCCGGGCCUAUCACCUCGUGUGUCUCGAGCCUGAGCUGGAGAAAGCCCCUGAGGGCAGAUGGAGCUGCCCUCACUGCGAGAAGGAAGGAAUUCAGUGGGAAGCGAAGGAUGAUGACGAGGAGGAAGAGGACGCUGCAGGAGAGGAAGAAGACGACCACAUGGAGUUCUGUCGAGUGUGUAAAGACGGAGGAGAGCUGCUGUGCUGUGACACAUGCCCUUCCUCCUACCACAUCCAUUGCCUGAACCCGCCUCUGCCCGAGAUCCCCAACGGAGAGUGGCUCUGCCCACGGUGCAUGUGCCCUCCUCUUAAAGGGAAAGUUCAGAAGAUUCUACACUGGAUGUGGGGGGAUCCACCUUUACCCCCCGAGCCUCUCUCCAUUCAGGACGGUAAAAAGGAGGACGUCCUGGUCAAACCUCCGCUAAAGGGACGUCCUGAGAGACUGCUGUUUGUGAAGUGGGCAGGUCUGUCUUACUGGCACUGCUCCUGGGUCAGCGAGCUACAGCUGGAGCUCUAUCACACGGUCAUGUACAGGAAUUAUCAGCGGAAGAACGACAUGGACGAGCCUCCGCCCUUUGACUACGGCUCAGGUGAAGAGGAGCUCAACAACGAGAAGCGGAAAAGCAAAGACCCGCAUUACGCCGCUAUGGAGGAGCGUUUCUAUCGCUAUGGCAUCAAACCUGAAUGGCUAAUCAUCCACCGGAUCCUCAACCACAGUUUUGACAAAGACGGAGACGUUCACUACCUGAUCAAGUGGAGAGAUCUACCAUACGACCAGUGCACCUGGGAGAUCGACGACUUCGACGUCCCUGAAUAUGAAAGCUAUAAACAGGCCUACUGGGACCACCGGGAGCAAAUGCUGGGUGAAGACCAUCGUCCCCUAGUGGUGAGAAAAGGAAAGAGACUGAAAGAGGAAGUGAAGAGGAGAGAAGCUCCUCCUGAGACUCCAGUUGUGGAUCCCACUGUUAAAUUUGAGCAGCAGCCAUGGUACAUCGAUGCCACAGGAGGAACUCUGCACCCGUACCAGCUGGAGGGUUUAAACUGGCUACGUUUCUCUUGGGCUCAGGGAACCGACACCAUCCUGGCCGAUGAGAUGGGACUGGGCAAGACAGUGCAGACAAUAGUGUUCCUGUACUCGCUCUACAAAGAGGGUCAUUCUAAAGGCCCGUUCCUGGUCAGCGCUCCGUUGUCUACCAUCAUUAACUGGGAGCGAGAAUUUGAGAUGUGGGCUCCGGAUUUUUACGUGGUGACGUACACGGGCGAUAAAGACAGCAGGGCUGUGAUCCGGGAGAACGAGUUCACGUUUGAGGACAGUGCUGUUAAAUCAGGACGCAAAGUUUUCCGCAUGAAGAAAGACACACCUGUGAAGUUCCACGUGUUGUUGACCUCGUAUGAAUUGAUCACCAUUGAUCAGGCUAUUCUGGGCUCCAUCUCUUGGGCGUGUUUGGUCGUGGAUGAAGCUCAUAGACUGAAAAAUAACCAGUCUAAGUUUUUCAGAAUUCUGAAUGGCUAUAAGAUUUACUACAAGCUGCUCCUAACCGGAACGCCGCUACAGAAUAAUCUGGAAGAGUUAUUCCAUCUGCUGAACUUCCUCACUCCUGAGCGUUUUAAUAACCUGGAAGGAUUUCUUGAGGAGUUUGCUGACAUUUCUAAAGAAGAUCAGAUUAAGAAGCUGCAUGAUUUGUUGGGACCUCACAUGCUGCGGAGGCUGAAGGCCGACGUCUUCAAGAACAUGCCAGCAAAAACCGAGCUGAUUGUGCGUGUGGAGCUCAGCCCUAUGCAGAAGAAAUACUACAAGUUCAUCUUGACUCGAAACUUUGAAGCUCUGAACUCUAAAGGAGGUGGAAACCAGGUUUCUCUUCUCAACAUCAUGAUGGACCUGAAAAAAUGCUGCAACCACCCGUACCUCUUCCCUGUGGCGGCCGUGGAAGCCCCUGUGUUACCGAACGGGUCGUAUGAUGGGAACCUGCUGGUGAAGUCCUCAGGGAAACUCACUCUGCUUCAGAAAAUGCUCAAGAAGCUCAAAGACAACGGGCAUCGCGUCCUUAUCUUUUCACAGAUGACGAAGAUGCUGGACCUGUUAGAGGACUUCCUGGAGUUUGAAGGCUAUAAAUACGAGCGCAUUGAUGGCGGGAUAACUGGAGGACUGCGGCAGGAGGCCAUCGAUCGCUUCAAUGCUCCGGGAGCGCAGCAGUUCUGUUUCCUGCUGUCUACUCGUGCUGGGGGAUUGGGAAUCAAUCUGGCAACCGCUGAUACUGUCAUCAUCUACGACUCUGACUGGAACCCACAUAAUGACAUUCAGGCGUUCAGCCGGGCACAUCGUAUUGGACAGAAUAAGAAAGUAAUGAUCUAUCGCUUUGUUACGCGGGCAUCAGUGGAGGAACGGAUUACCCAAGUAGCCAAGCGCAAGAUGAUGCUCACACACCUGGUGGUGCGUCCAGGCCUGGGCUCCAAAACAGGAUCCAUGUCCAAGCAGGAGUUGGACGACAUCCUGAAGUUUGGCACAGAGGAGCUCUUUAAAGACGACGUGGAAGCCAUUGGAGACAGUAAAGACGGAGAGGAAGGCAGCGUCAUCCACUACGAUGACAAUGCCAUCUCCAAGCUGCUGGACCGUAGCCAGGACGCCACCGAGGACACCGAGAUCCAGAACAUGAACGAAUACCUCAGCUCCUUCAAGGUGGCUCAGUAUGUGGUGCGAGAAGAGGACGGAGAGGAGGAGGUGCAGAGGGAGAUCAUUAAACAGGAGGAGAAUGUGGAUCCUGACUACUGGGAGAAACUCCUGCGCCAUCAUUACGAGCAGCAGCAGGAGGACCUGGCACGCAAUCUGGGCAAGGGCAAGCGCAUUCGCAAGCAGGUCAACUACAACGACACAUCUCAGGAGGAUCAAGAAUGGCAGGACGAUCUUUCAGACAAUCAGUCCGAGUACUCGGUGGGAUCAGAGGAUGAGGAUGAAGAUUUUGAGGAGAGACCUGAAGGGGGACGGCGACAGUCUCGCAGGCAGCUGAAGAGCGACCGGGACAAACCGCUGCCUCCACUGCUAGCUAGAGUAGGAGGAAACAUAGAGGUACUUGGUUUUAAUGCACGUCAGAGAAAGGCCUUCCUGAAUGCCAUCAUGCGCUGGGGUAUGCCUCCUCAAGACGCCUUCAACUCCCACUGGCUGGUCCGAGACCUGAAGGGGAAAAGUGAAAAAGAGUUCAGAGCAUACGUGUCGCUGUUCAUGAGACACCUGUGUGAGCCGGGAGCAGACGGAGCCGAGACGUUUGCGGACGGCGUUCCGAGAGAAGGACUGUCACGGCAACACGUCCUCACCCGGAUCGGUGUCAUGUCUCUUGUGAGGAAAAAGGUUCAAGAGUUUGAGCAUGUGAACGGCAAAUACAGCACUCCAGAUUUGAUUCCUGCAGGUCUGGAGCUGAAAAAGCUCACAGAGAGUCUCUCUUCCGACCCAAACACCCCAGUACCAGCCAGUCCCGCCCCGACUCAGCCCAGCACCCCAGUACCAUCAGACAAAUCUGAGAGCGGUCCCAUUCCUCCAGAAGAUAAAGACAGCGCUGAACACGAGAGCACGAAAACAGCCGAGUCUGAGACUUCCAAAGAAUCUGAGUGCUAUCCUGAAAAGACGCACGAGAGAGAAGAACAGAAAAUCGGUAGCGCCGAGCAGAAGUCAAACAAAGAGAGCGAGAAGAAAGACGAUUCGCCCUCCGAAUCAGAGCCGUCGAUCAAUCAAACUCAGCCGGUAUCCAAGCAGAAUGAGCAGUCCACCAAUCAGAUUACAACAGGACAACAAAGUAAGGACCUGGAGCACACAUCAGAGAAAACGGAAAAAGACGCUUCUUUGGUCGUCAAGUUGGAGGACAAAGAACCAAAACAAGCAGCUGCUCAUGAGCCCAAAUCUGAGGACGGUGCUGAGAAUCAGCUGAACGGAGAGAAAGAAAUGAGGGACGAGUUGGACGAGAGCCAGAAAGACGAAAAGAACGGUGCUAAGGCACGCUUCAUGUUCAACAUUGCAGACGGAGGCUUUACGGAGCUGCACACACUGUGGCAGAAUGAAGAACGUGUGGCUGUGUCGUCCGGUAAGAUGUAUGACAUCUGGCACCGGCGCCAUGAUUACUGGCUUUUGGCCGGCAUCGUAACUCACGGCUACGCUCGCUGGCAGGACAUCCAGAACGACCCGCGCUAUGCCAUCCUCAAUGAGCCCUUCAAAACUGAGAUGAACAAAGGCAACUACCUGGAGAUGAAGAACAAAUUCCUGGCACGGAGGUUCAAGCUGUUAGAGCAGGCACUGGUAAUCGAAGAGCAGUUAAGAAGAGCGGCUUACCUGAACAUGACACAGGACACCACACACCCUGCCAUGGCGCUGAACACUCGUUUCGCCGAGGUCGAGUGUCUGGCCGAGUCGCACCAGCACCUCUCCAAAGAGUCUCUGGCUGGGAACAAGCCAGCUAAUGCAGUACUACACAAAGUGUUGAAUCAGCUGGAGGAACUGCUGAGCGAUAUGAAGGCAGACGUUACGAGGCUGCCGUCCAUGCUCUCCCGCAUUCCUCCUGUAUCCGCUCGACUCCACAUGUCUGAGAGGAGCAUCCUGAGCCGUCUCACCAACCGUGAGCCUCAACCCCAGCAGCCUUUUCCACAGGGAUCUUUUGCCUGUUCUUCAAUGUACAAUAACAGUUUUGGAGGAGGAUUUCGAGGUCCUGCUGGAGCUGCCAUGGUUAACUACAGCCAGAUGCCCCUGGGGCCGUACGUCAGUGUGUCCGCAAACGGUCCUCCAGCACCCAGCAGCCACAUGGACAAGAAGUCCAGUGAGGUUCUGAGAGACGUGUCUCCACCUGAACUCAAAUCCAGCAAACCCUCGGACGUCAUCUGCAUCGAAGACUAGCCCUUAAUCGCAUCUUCUUAAUUACUUCUCUUUUUCUCUCUCUCCCUCUUUCUCUCUCUCUCUCUUUUAGAUAAAAUUUGAACGUUAUUCUGGAACAUUCCUCCCACCCUACAGAUAAAACAAAUCUUAUGAAUUGCACUUUUUUGUCUUGAAGCAUUCUUGCGUGUGCGCUUGUGAGUUGAUCGGUAUUCUCCUGCUUCCGUUUUUUUUUGUUUGAUAUUUGUUGAAUUACUGUGGUGGACGGAGAGAGAUCUGAGGACAGCGCGUGUCUCUUACGAAAUCUUCGAAAGCUGUCUUUUGUGGCAUUUCUGACAUUUUUGAGACAUUUCUUGGAUCUUUUUUUCCCACAACACCAGAAUCUUUUACUGGUGUUCACACGUGGUGCAAAAUCUAAAGGUUCAUCUAGAGGAAGAUGGUCAUGGGACCCAAAUGCUAGUUCUGGAUAAUGCUGCUUGCAACGCGCUGUAUAUUGGUUAAAGGCAUUCUGAAGAUGAUGGGAAUUUAAAAUGGAUAUAACCCCCAUUUUCUGUGCACUAUAACAGUCCCUGAGUGCAUCAUAAGAAUUAUUCAGCCAUAACCUGGAAUUGUUAAUGUCUUACAUUCAGUCCUGUCAGGCUUUUUAUUGUUUUCUUUGCUUAACAACGGCGUAGAAGUGAAAUUUUGCGAGACGAUACGAACAUCGAGAUCCAGAAAUCAUGAACAAGGAUCCUGGCAGGAGUUUCUUCUCCAUUACCUAUGAAAUAGCUGCAGCACUUUUGUCAUAUUUAAAGAUUUCAGCUCCAAUAGUAACACUGGUUCUGCAGUAUUAUGAGUGUGUAUUAUAACGGUAAUGGAUUUCUUUCUCUUUACUUCACUGUACAAGAGGAUCACGUGUUGAAUUAAGAUGGGGUCGUAUUACAGAAAACAUACAAGAGUAAGGAUCCUCACCAAACUAUCUAACCCCUUCAACCCAGCUUAGAAACUGAAUUUAGAAAUAUCGUAUUUUUAUUUUUCUCAAAUGACAAAAUACAAAAAUAGUCAAUAAUCAACUGGGAUUUCGGUUCCAAAUGAUGCGUUAAGGAAUAUUAGGAACUUUCUCUACCUACCAACAGUUUGGUAUAACUAUAAAUGUUACAAUAAAUGAUAAAAAAAAGUACGAGCUUUUAUUCUUCAACAAAUAAAAAUCAUACUGUUGGUGAACAGCUGUAGUAGAAGACAAAUAAUACACUUGUUAUAGAAUUAUUUUAGGAUUAUUGAAGCAUUUUAUUCCUUACAUCUUACUUCUGUAAUACGGCCUCAUUAAAAAUCGUCCGGAACGUACCAUGUUUACUUCUUUUAUCUUUUUAACAAUUCUUUUUAAUCUGACUUUUAUUGACUUGUUGCAGUGUUGAAGCAGAAAUUUUGAAACCAUACAGUGUUUUCUCUAAAGACCAAAACCUGCAUGGCUUCACUACUAAUUUUAUUUAUUUAUAUUUUUUAUUAAUUUAAAUUAAAUUUUUUUUUUUUGAUAAAUGGUCUACAAUCCAUAAGCUACCGUAUUGUGUUUACAUUUUAAAUCUUAAAGUGUGUUUUACUAAAAACAUUGAAUGUGAAGCUCAUCUGGAUGCGUCAAAAGACAUCCGGUAACUUAAACACAAACCGAACCUCAUUUCUUUCCUGACGUCCUCAUGCUGCAGCGUGAUGCUUUCUUUCUUUCUUUCUUUCUUUCUUUCUUUCUUUCUUUCUUUCUUUUUCUGUCUGUCUUUCUUUCUUUCUUACUUUCUUUCUCUAAUAAGAUGUUUCCAGUUCUCAUUUUUUUGCCAGUAACUUAAAUGCUAAAGCCUCUUUUCACAACACACAGUGUAGUUACAGUACGUACUUGAAUGGUGUUAAUAUUUGUGUGUGGAGGGGAGCAAAAAAAAAAAGUCAUACUUUCAGCACAAACCCUCAACGGAACCACUUGAGUACAUAAAGAGAGCCUCAAAGCCAGUGCAUAACCAUUUAAAUGACGAAUAACGGAACUUCAGCUUCAACUUUUUGCUCCUCAAGAUGAUUGUACGUACUUUCAUUUACACGAUCAUGCGUUUCUAUGGUUUCUGUUUCUCUGAUCGUUGUGCAGAUUUUAAGCUCCGGUUAAAUGCAAUCAAACUGAAGCUAUUAUGAAUGUAAUGAAUUUUGAAAAAGCUUCAGUCUAAUACUAGACACCUUAGUCUUUUCAUUCUUGUACACUAGGCUUCAAAAGCUACCGGAAAGGAUAAAGUAAGUAGUAAAGGCACUUUUAGCUGUGUUUCCAUCCAAAAACCUAGCAAGUGAUAAGGAAAACCUUUAAGGCUUUUUAAAAAUAAAAACAUCACACUUGAUUUACUAAAUGAAAUAUAAUACAUUUGUAUAAUAAUAAAAAUUCUGAACAUUAAUCCAAUUUACUUCAGCUAAUGCUAGUAAAAUGUGUUUUAUUUAAGCUAGUCAAAUUGUUGAUGUUUGUAGGCAAGAAAAAAAAAGUGCUGGUGGUUUUAUAUAACUUAUAUACCUAUAAGUAAGGGUUUUUUUUUAAAAUUUCUUUUAAAACACCAUUUUCCUUCUUUGGAUGGAAACAUUGCUAAGUGCUGCUCUGAUUACUACACAUCACGCACAGUCGCUUCUUUGGUUUGUUGGAAAUUUGUUAGCCAGCCUGGACCAAGCUACGAAUCUAAAGCCUAAAUCUAACCAGUGUUACUGUUUGGUUUUAAGAAAAUUGAACAGAUGAAGAAGUGUGAAUUGUCAUUGUUUUACU